GCAGAGGUGGUAUCAGGGUCUGGGCUGUUUCAGGUUCGAGUGAGUCGUGCAGGUGCCGCCGCUGUCGCCGGCCGACCGUCUCAUCGCGACUGCUACAUUAAUGGCGGCCUCUUCAGGGGAGCCAGCAGACCGUCGGCCCAUUCGAAGAGUAAGGUCCAAGAGCGAUACGCCCUAUCUCACUGAAGCAAGAAUAUCCCUCAACGUGGAGACAGCGGAAGAAGUAGAAAGGCUGGCUGCAAUGCGUUCAGAGUCACUGGUCCCAGGUACUCAUACACCACCCAUCAGGAGAAGAAGCAAGUUUGCAACCUUAGGGAGGCUGUUUAAACCAUGGAAAUGGAGGAAGAAGAAAAGUGAAAAAUUUAAACAGACAUCUGCAGCUUUGGAAAGAAAGUUUUCCACACGACAAAGCAGAGAGGAGCUAAUAAAACGAGGAGUAUUGAAAGAGAUUUUUGAGAAAGAUGGAGAUAUGCCAAUACAUAAUGAAGAGGAGGUAAUAGAGAACGGUCAGAUCCAGUCUUCAGAAACGGAGGAAAGGGUGCCACAGCCUGUGUCAGGUGAAGUCGUAGCAGACAGUGCAACCCCCUGUACAGAGUCAACAGAUAAGCCAGCUGCCGAAGAUAGUCCUACAGAUAAUAGGGCAUCAGUCCCUGAGCAGGAUACAUCAACUAAACCAUCAUUGCUACUGCCUUCUAAAAAGUCUGUAGCUUUUCACUGUGACAUUGAGGAAACCCCUGCAAAGCAACAAUCUUAUCCUAAACAACCCCCUGCCCUACCUCCAAAACCACUAUCGAGGAUUGCCAACCAUAUAGCUGAUACUGGCCAGCCUGUGAAGCUUCCUUGUAUGCCACCUGUGAGGUUAUCACCCCCUUUACCUCCAAAGAAAGUGAUGAUUUGCAUUCCACCACAGACUGCAGACUCUUCGCCUACGUCCUAUUCUGUCGUGCAGAAAAUUUCCCAGCAGUCUUCUACACAGCAUCAGUUGCUGCCUUCCCAACUUGCAGCUCAUCAGCACCAGCAAAUUUGUGGAAGCUCUCAUUCUUCAUCUUUAUCAAGUGGACUACCUACCCAUCCAGCAGUAUCUACUAGUAAAGUGAUAGAAGAACUCAACAAGACUUUAGCCUUGACAAUGCAAAGGCUCGAAAGUUCAGGACUGCAUACUGGAGAAAGUGGAACAAAAUCAGGAAAAAGCAAUACAUCUGACAUUAGACAAGUGCCAACUAUAGUGGUUGAUUACGAUGAUGACAAAGAAAAUGUGCCUAAUGAAUCAGACUAUGAAGAUAAUUUCAGUAUGCAUGGGGAGGAAGAUGAGGAUGAUGAUGGUGAUAACGAUGAUGACGACGAUGAUGAAAUUGAUAACUUUUUCUCAAGUUCGUUAGCACUAAAGAUUUGUAGGAAAGACUCUUUGGCAAUAAAAUUGAGCAAUAGACCAUCAAAGCGUGAGUUGGAGGAGAAAAAUAUUAUUCCUAUGCAGACAGAUGAAGAGAGACUUGAAAUGAGGCAGCAAAUUGGAACAAAGCUGACAAGGCGAUUAAGCCAGAGGCCCACCGCUGAGGAGCUGGAACAACGAAACAUUCUGAAACCAAAAAAUGAACAAGAAGAAGAGGAGGAAAAGAGAGAAAUUAAAAGACGGCUGACAAGAAAGCUUAGCCAAAGACCUACAGUGGAGGAAUUAAGGGAGAGAAAAAUCCUAAUCCGUUUCAGUGACUAUGUGGAGGUAGCUGAGGCCCAGGAUUAUGACAGACGUGCAGACAAGCCAUGGACAAGGCUAACAGCUGCUGACAAAGCUGCUAUCCGUAAGGAAUUGAAUGAAUUCAAAAGCACUGAAAUGGAAGUGCAUGAAUUAAGUAGGCACCUAACAAGGUUUCAUAGGCCCUAGCUGUUUACUGUGUAUAACCAUGGAGUCUUACAAAAACCAGAAGUGCUAGGGCUGUACAGGCGCCCAUUAAACCCUCCAGGACUGAACUCUUCUUAAUUGCCUUUAUGUAUCAGAUAUUUACAGUAACGCACAUUUCCAAUUGUCUACUAAUCUGCUGACCUUCAGGAGUUAUC